AUGGUACUCUUGAGCGAGCACGAACUCACAACUGAUGACGAUUGGCAGAAAGAGCUGACGCGAGCGGGAGUCCAACUGCCAGUCCUCUAUGCCUUGAAGUUCUGGAGAGUCGUAUUGGACGAAUCUCACCAGAUUCGCAAUAUGAGGACGCUACGAUCUAAAGCCUGCCAUGCACUGCAGCGGGUAAAGAGUUGGUGUGUAUCGGGCACACCCUAUAUCAACUCUAUCUGGGAUAUUUAUUCUCAGUUGAAUUUUGUAGGCGACGAACACGCCAAGACUCGUGUGAAGUUCAAAGCAAGAUAUUGCAACACUGAAGAAGGCGAUUUAAUCUCCUUGAACGAGAAAAUCGGGCCUCUAAUGAUUCGAAGAACUUCAAGAGAUAGCCGCUUCGGCAAGCCCAUUAUCCCUGAAAUUGAGAUUGAGCGAAUUGUGAUCAAGAUUCCAUUGAGCAGCGGCGAGAAGGCUUUCACCAAAGUGAUCGAAGAGUUCUUCAAGGACUGGGCAGAAGAGGCCAAAAAAGCAAAGAAUCCUGUCCCUGGAUUGGCACUCUUGCGACUUCUGCGACUGCGACAGAAUACCUCAUCCCCGUUCAUGCUGGAGUCUUUCAUGGUCCGAACGAUUCCGAAAGCACGCUUGAAGAUCCUCAAAUCGAGGCUAGCUGAGCUGGAAGUAGAAAUGCGUGACGUACUUCCCAAUCUCAGUCGCGAGAUGGAUGAGACACAGGCGCUUUCCACAGACAAAGACAGACCAUUGGUGGAGCCAGAUUCAGACCCGGAAGUAGGGGAGGCAGAUAUGGGCGAGCUAUUUGAUAUGGCCAUUGCUUACAAAACGAACAUCUGCGGCACGUGCUCCCGCCAAUGUGUGGAAAGGCAAGUUCUAGAGUGUGGUCACGUCUUCUGCAAGCCCUGUAUUUUCCCUAAUGCACCACGAGAGGCCGAAUUGACAUUAUGGGCACAAUGUCCGGGGUGCAAAAAUCUUUGCCCCGUGGUACAGCCAUAUGACCAGAACAAUGAAGGCACCGAUCAGAAUCAAUCCGGCAUCGAUUUUCAGAGUCUGCCUCGCGGUAUUGAGGAGGAGAAGGAGGAGGAGGAGGAUGACGACAGUGGCGGAUACUGGACAUCUGUCGUCGAGGAACAUGAAACUGGAGAAAAAAAGACUUCCAAAUCGAAGAAGUCUAAAAAGGGACAAGACAAACCCCCUGAACGGAGACCAGGAUACGACUACCGCGGUUCCCACCCAUCCUUGAGAAAGUUCGAGACUCACUGGCUCCAGAUAGGUGACAAAACGCACAACAUACCACUGAUUCGCCGUGGAAAGAUCGGUCCUUGCGCAGACCUUUGUGACCGAAUUCUCAAGAAGCAGCCCGGAGAUAAAAUAAUCGCCUUCACACAGUUCAACCAAGAGGCAGCCAUGAUUGGUCGCUUGCUGCAGAAUCUGGACAUCCCAUUUCUGUACUUCAAUGGGAAAAUGACUCCGAGGCAGACAGAUGAGGCUCUCAAGGAGAUGGCAGAGAAUUCGAAGAUGAAGGUCAUGAUCGUCGGGCUGAAGUGUGGAGGAGAAUCUCUGAAUUGCCAGUUUGCGAAUCAUGCCAUCCUCAUUGGUCCGUACUGGAAUAAUGCCGGCGAAGAACAGGCAAUCGGACGCAUCGCUCGACUUGGCCAGAAAAAGAAGGUGUUUGUAUACCGGCUCGAUGCGAGUGGCACUGCCGACGAUGAAGUCAACCUAAUUCAAGAGAGAAAGAGAGACGAGGCUGCUGAGCUCAUGGGUGAUGUCCCGGCUCAGUACCACGCUCCGACCAAAGAUUAA